AUGGGAUCCGACGAAGAAACUCAAAGAACUUUCAAAUGUUAUCAGGAUGAAGUAAUAUCUACUUCUCCCCCUCGUUCAACCCUAACAUAUGUAUGGGAAAUAUUUGUUCACCUUUUCUAUACAUUUUUAACUGACUGGACAAUGCCAAUUACUCGACCAAUUAAUUUUUUUUUCACGUGCAUUUUUUAUCCUGCUGCUAUUUCUAUCAUUUUGGUUAUGAGUUUUGGAAUAAGAAUAAUUAAUUAUUUUGGUUUGUUUGAUUAUAUCAAUUGGUUCGACAAUAAUGAAUGGGGUGGCUAUAAUGGUGACAAAUUAAAACAAAUUAGAGAAAACGGUAUGAUCGUAUUGGGAUCCCCAGUUCCAAAUCCGCCUCAACCUAUUCCUUUCAAUAUUGACUUGGUCGAGACUCUAUUAUUCUUUAGCUCCGUUGUAUAUUAUCGUGGAAACCCGAAUUACAAUAAAAUGACUGAUACGACGAAGUCAACAAUAAAAAAACGCCGAAACGACGCAGAAAAGACAAUUGUUGAAAUAAUUCGUCCUUGGGGAAUAAAAUUUCACUCUUUCGGUGAAUUAAGCUCGACUGAAAAUAUAUUUGCUGGACUAUUUUGGUCCCAUGAAAAAAAUUUUAUCGUUGUGUCAUUUAAAGGCUCUUCACCACCAGUUAUCAGUGAUUUUAUAACUGAUUUUCUUUUUAAUCGGGUUGAUGCACAAGCAUUCGUCUAUGGGAUGAUGCAUCAGGGAUUUUAUUAUAGUUUAUUUAAUGAUUAUGAUGAUAAUUCAAAGAGUUGUACUGCUAAUAGUUUAGUUGAGGUUAUACUUAAGAAAGUCGAAAAAUGGAACAAUCCUACACCUGUAAAUAUUUGGCUUACUGGUCAUUCGCUUGGUGGUUCUUUAGCUCAAGCAUUUUAUGCAAGAUUAAUUAAGAUCCAAAGUUCUCUUGGUAAAAAAAUCGUUGUCCGUGAUGCCGUUGUUUUUGGGUCACUAACUUUGGGUGAUCUUGAUUUUGCAUCUUCAUUCCAUGGCAUGUUAAAUUUAAAAACGAACGAACAUAGAACCCUUUGGCGAAUCAUCGGUGAUGAUGACGUUGCCGCUAGAGUACCACCAAGACAUUUACUUAAACGAUUUCGUCAAUAUGUUACAAAGGAGGAUGUAAUGAAUUAUUAUCUUAUUGGCAAUGAAAUGCAAUUCUUUCAUGAUGGUCAGAAGCCUAAAAACCCAUCAAAUCUAAGUACAAAUCCAAUAUCUGAUGCAUUUGGGGUAUUGGCGAAAUUAAUCAUUCUUAAACCAUUUAUUGAUCACUGGCCUGUGACUUACUUUAAGGCUAUAGAAAAGUCGAGACAUCAUUUUAACACGGAAUCUGAUGAA